AUUGAAUGCCUUAGUUUCACAUCUUCUUUAAAAACCCUUUUGUCCAUUUUCACUUCAAUUCGUCUUCAUUCAAUCUAUCUCCCUUUCUCUCUCUAAUCUUUUGCCUAAGAUCGAUAUCCAUGGCCAAGGGAAGAGGUAGUGCAUCAUGGUCGGCUCGAGCCAUAGUGGCUAUGAUGGUGGUCUCAGUGUUGGUCCUUCAAGCUGACUACGUUCAAGCUGUGAGUUACACAGUCGGUGAUUCCAACGGCUGGACCUUUAACGCUGUGGGUUGGCCUAGUGGCAAACAUUUCAAAGCCGGUGACGUUCUCGUGUUUAACUAUAAUCCGAGCCUCCACAACGUGGUCGUGGUAGAUAGCGGAGCGUACAACAGUUGCAAUGCGCCGGGACGUGCGAGAACUUACACUUCAGGCAAAGAUCGUAUAACUUUGUCUAGAGGACAACACUUCUUCAUCUGCAGUUUUCCAGGCCAUUGCGAAGCCAAUAUGAAAAUCGCAGUCACUGCUGUUUGAUCUUUGAUUGAUCACGCAGUCGAAAUAGUAUGAUCUUCACUUUUGUCAUGUCCUUAAGAAAAUAUUAUGUAUCCAAUAAAAGCUUGGCUCCUGCUGAAGUUGCAGAACUUGUAAUGGUUUAUUGUAUCUUCUGACAAUUAUCCGUUGCUUGUAUCUGCAAACAACCAUUUUUGGUUUAGUAGUUUGGAGGAUCUUUGUUAUGUAGAUUCAAAUAGACCUCUUAUAUAGUUAUUAUAAAAAUACUUAUAGAUGAUGAAAUAAAGACAAAAACAAUACUGCAAAGGAUAUCCAAAAACUCCUAGCAAUGUUGGGAUUUGG